AUGACAGCUGACAUUCGGGUGUGAGUGAGUUAGGCCUCAUUCCUAAGUGUGGUGUGAUGCGCUUAUAGGAGAUAUGUGAUUUGUAAGGGGUCCUCUGCGAGUCCUGACACACACACACACACACUCAACCCCCAAACCCCACACACCCCGUCUGAUCUCACCCAGGCUGAUUGACAUAGCCCGUAAACUGGAUAAGAUGGAGCGCCAUGGCUACUCCUCUGAGACCUACUCCAAGAUGGGAGACCUGCAGGCCCUGGUGCAGCUGCAAGUGGAGGCACAACACUGGACCAGGUCAGUCAGAACCAUUCACAUUCACAUUAUGGUCCUUCCACCUGUUGGACAUAGCUACAGUAUUCUAUCUUACUUGGCUAAUCAGGAAGUAUACCUCAUAGGUCCCACCCAGAACACAGAAAAUGACACUGCAUAUUUACUGGAACGAGAAACUUAAACGAUGUUCUAUUUAAACCAGAGCAACGUUUCCAGCCAAGCCAGAGAUUUCCUCUGAAUCCCUGCCUACAUUAUGACUACAAUGUGAGAAGCACCCAACAGUCCAAAGCAAUAAAGAGCCUUAGCUAAGCUAUCCCCAUCAGAGCAGCUCAUACUACAGAGACAUGAAGAAAAUACUACAUUUCCUAAAUCCAUCUCUAAUGUUUAAUCGAUUACAGGUGGUACUGAGAGCAAACUGGCGAUUUCCACAGUGAAACAGAGAGAAUGCCAAAAAACUAGAACCUUAUAUCACAUUCAUAUUGAAUGAAUUUCGCAUGGCGUUAGCAGUUAUGUUUUAUAUACUUUUCUGGGGGAGGUGGACAAUGAGAGAGGACAGAACACAGCCUACAGUACAGUAUGAAUGGGCCAUAUGGAUGCUAUUCACUGCACUGCUAUUUAGCCUGCUUAGACUCAGAGGCUGAUUGGACUGGGCAGAAGAGGGUUUUUACAUUACUGUGACACACAGUUACACAUUUUAAGAGGAGUGUACUUAAUGAAAUUCUUGCUAUGGGACAUUUAGGUUAAUCAGUCAACAUGACAGGCAGGUAUGCCUUCAUAGGCUACUAUCACACUAUUCUACUACAGACAACACCCGGUGCACACCAAUUGACCAUGACUAAUAAUCAGUCUAAUAUGCUUACCCUAAUAUAUCACAUUAGUAAUGAGAUGUAUUAAUGUUUUGGAAAGAUUAAGUAGUGUGUCUGUGUUUUAAAGCCUGUUUUACUAAUUAUUUACAAUUGUAGGCCAAUUUCCCCAGGAAUAUUGCAUCAUAAAUACACACGAUAUUACAAGUAUUUAAAAAAAAAAGUAUUUAGUCAGCCACCAAUUGAGCAAGUUCUCCCACUUAAAAAGAUGAGAGAGGCCUGUAAUUUUCAUCAUAGGUACACGUCAACUAUGACAGACAAAAUGAGAAUAAAAAAUCCAGAAAAUCACAUUGUAGGAUUUUUAAUGAAUUUAUUUGCAAAUUAUGGUGGAAAAUAAGUAUUUGGUCAAUAACAAAAGUUUCUCAAUACUUUGUUAUAUACCCUUUGUUGGCAAUGACGCAGGUCAAACGUUUUCUGUAAGUCUUCAGAAGGUUUUCACACACUGUUGCUGGUAUUUUGGCCCAUUCCUCCAUGCAGAUCUCCUCUAGAGCAGUGAUGUUUUGGGGCUGUCGCUGGGCAACACAGACUUUCAACUCCCUCCAAAGAUUUUCUAUGGGGUUGAGAUCUGGAGACUGGCUAGGCCACUCAAGGACCUUGAAAUGCUUCUUACGAAGUCACUCCUUCGUUGCCCGGGCGGUGUGUUUGGGAUCAUUGUCAUGCUGAAAGACCCAGCCACGUUUCAUCUUCAAUGCCCUUGCUGAUGGAAGGAGGUUUUCACUCAAAAUCUCACGAUACAUGGCCCCAUUCAUUCUUUCCUUUACAUGGAUCAGUCGUCCUGGUCCCGCACUGCAGGAUUUGAGUCCUUGGCGGUGUAGUGUGUUACUGAUGGUGGGCUUUGUUACUUUGGUCCCAGCUCUCUGCAGGUCAUUCACUAGGUCCCCCCGUGUGGUUCUGGGAUUUUUGCUCACUGUUCUUGUGAUCAUUUUGACCCCACAGGGUGAGAUCUUGCGUGGAGCCCCAGAUCGAGGGAGAUUAUCAGUGGUCUUGUAUGUCUUCCAUUUCCUAAUAAUUGCUCCCAAGCUGCUUACCUAUUGCAGAUUCAGUCUUCCUAGCCUGGUGCAGGUCUACAAUUUUGUUUCUGGUGUCCUUUGACAGCUCUUUGGUCUUGGCCAUAGUGGAGUUUGGAGUGUGACUGUUUGAGGUUGUGGACAGGUGUCUUUUAUACUGAUAAAAAGUUCAAACAGGUGCCAUUAAUACAGGUAACGAGUGGAGGACAGAGGAGCCUCUUAAAGAAGAAGUUACAGGUCUGUGAGAGCCAGAAAUCUUGCUUGUUUGUAGGUGACCAAAUACUUAUUUUCCACCAUAAUUUGCAAAUAAAUUCAUUAAAAAUCCAACAAUGUGAUUUUCUGGAUUUUUUUUCUCAAUUUGUCUGUCAUAAUUGACGUGUACCUAUGAUGAAAAUUACAGGCCUCUCUCAUCUUUUUAAGUGGGAGAACUUGCACAAUUGGUGGCUGACUAAAUACUUUUUUUCCCCACUGUAUGUCAGAUAUGUGAUCGAAGUGUAUGAAUGUAAAUAAUAAAUGUGUUGUAUCUGCUAUGUUACUUAACGAUGAUAGCUCCUUGAAUCUCUCAAUCAAUCAGAGACGAUUACUGCUGGCAGGCAACCCUGCCGCAAAAAAAGAUGUUGGGUCUUAGAUGGCAGUCAUCCCACUCUCUCCCAAUUCACCAGUGGAUACAGUUACUAUUAGAAGUUAUAACAUUAGAAUUAUCGACAGCGAGAAUGAAUGGUGCUAGUCAAAGAACAAUUGAGGCAUGGACCAUUACACUCUGUAAAGAAUAAUCUCAGCUAAAGCCCAACACAUACAAAUAAACAAUCUAUACUGAACAAAAAAUAUGAACGCAACAUGCAACAAUUUCAAAGAUUUUGCUAAGUUACAGUUCAUAUAAGGAAAUCAGUCAAUACAAAUAAAUGCAUUAGGCCCUAAUCUAUGGAUUUCACAUGACUGGGAAUACAGAUAUGCAUCUGUUGAUCACAGAUACUGAACUUUAAAAAAAGAAGGUAAAGGCGUGGAUCAGAAAACCAGUCAGUAUCUGGUGUGACCACCAUUUGCCUCAUGUAGCGCUACACAUCUCCUUCGCAUAGAGUUGAUCAGGCUGCUGAUUGUGGCCUGUGGAAUGUUGUCCCACUCCUCUUCAAUGGCUGUGCGAAGUUGCUGGAUAUUGGCGUGAAAUGGAGCACACUGUCGGACACUUCGAUCCAUAACAUCCCAAACAUGCUCAAUGGGUGAUCAUUCUGGCGAGUAUGCAGGCCAUGGAAGAACUGGGACAUUUUCAGCUUCCAGGAAUUGUGUACAGAUCCUUGCGACAUGGGGCCGUGCAUUAUCAUGCUGAAACUUGAGCUGAUGGCGGCAGAUGAUUGGCACGACAAUGGGCCUCAGGAUCUCGUCACGGAAUCUCUGUGCAUUCAAAUUGCCAUUGAUAAAAUGCAAUGGUGUUCGUUGUCCGUAGCUUAUGCCUGCCCAUACCAUAACCCCACCGCCACCAUGGGGCACUCUGUUCAUAACGUUGACAUCAGCAAACCGCUCGCCCAUACGACGCUAUACACGUGGUCUGCGGUUGUGAGGCCGGUUUGACGUACUGCCAAAUUCUCUAAAACAACAUUGGAGGCGGCUUAGGAUAUAGAAAUUACCAUUAAAUUCUCUGGCAACAGCUCUGGUGGACAUUCCUAUAAUCAGCAUGCCAAUUGCACACUCCCUCAACUUGAAACAUCUGUGGCAUUGUGUUGUGUGACAAAACUGCACAUUUUAGAGUGGCCUUUUAUUGGCCCCAUCACAAGGUGCACCUGUGUAAUGAUCAUGCUGUUUAAUCAGCUUCUUGAUAUGAUAGACUUGUCAGGUGGAUGGAUUAUCUUGGCAAAGGAGAAAUGCUCUCUAACAGGGACGUAAACAAAUUUGUUGCCAAAAUUUGAGCGAAAAAACCUUUACAUGUUGCGUUUAUAUUUUUGUUUAGUGUAUAAAGCCCAACACAUACAUACACUACUGGUCAAAAGUUUUAGAACACCUACUCAUUCAAGGGUUUUUCUUUAUUUUUACUAUUUUCUACAUUGUAGAAUAAUAGUGAAGACAUCAAAACUAUGAAAUAACACAUAUGGAAUCAUGUAGUAACCAAAAAAAUGUUAAACAAAUCAAAAUAUAUUUUAUAUUUGAGAUUCUUCAAAUAGCCACCCUUAGCCUUGAUGACAGCUUUGCACACGGAGGUUCACCUUCCAGCAGGACAAUGACCCUAAGCAUGCUGCUAAAGCAACACUCGAGUGGUUUAAGAGGAAACAUAGAAAUGUCUUGGAAUGGCCUAGUCAAAGCCCAGACCUCCAUCCAAUUGAGAAUCUGUGGUAUGACUUAAAGAUCGCUGUACACCAGCGGAACCCAUCCAACUUGAAGGAGCUGGAGCAGUUUUGCCUUGAAGAAUGGCAAAAAUCCCAGUGGCUAGAUGUGCCAAGCUUAUAGAGACAUACCCCAAGAGACUUGCAGCUGUAAUUGCUGCAAAAGAUGGCUCUACAAAGUAUUGACUUUGGGGGGGGGAGAAUAGCUACGCACGCUCAAGUUUAGUUUUUUUGUCUUAUUUCUUGCUUGUUUCACCCCAAAAAAUAUUUUGCAUCUUCAAAGUGGUAGGCAUAUUGUGUAAAUCAAAUGAUACAAACCCCCCAAAAAUCCACUUUAAUUCCAGGUUGUAAGGCAACAAAAUAGGAAAAAUGCCAAGGGGGUUGAAAAAAAAAAUAUAUAUAUAUAUACCUAUUUUCAUAUUAUUUACUUUAUUUGCUUUCAGGCCCACAGGGAAGGGGUGGUAUGGGGAGGGUUUUUCUCUGGUCACAAGGAGAGGGGGCGGGGGGGGUGGAUCUAUGUACUUUUUGAAGAUUAUCUGUGAUCGAACCCUUCUUCCCCUCUCUCCUAGGCUUUCUCUCUGUUGAAGAAACAUGCCCAGUUUAAAGAUGACGUCUUUGUGCCCUACGCUCAGUGGCUGGCUGAGAACAACCUUUUUGAAGACGGAACAGAAAGUUAUAUGUUACAGGAGCUCAAUGUUUGAUGUUCCCAAAUGUUAUAGUAACUUUGCCAAGACCAUGUCAGUUGAAACUUCUUUGCACUAGUUUUUUUGAAAAAUCUCAUUUUGUGCACCUAACAUUGAGCAGACAUAUCUGGAAUCAUUCUGGAAUCAGAACUAUAUCAACGUAUCACAGAAUACCACAGAUGGCUAGAAGGCAAUGUCAGUUCCCAACAUGGGGUACAUGUGGAAACCAUAUAAAGUUUGGCCUGUGUUGAUAUAACCAAGUUGUUUUUACUACUUCCUCUGCACUGCUCUCUCUGUUCACUGUAAAACAUGAUCCACUGCUAGACAGAGCAAGUCCUGACUGCUAACAGUAUUACAUGCCAUGCAUGAUUCCAAUCAGCACUACAACAAGAAUUCCUAAUGAUGAGCUGUAAGAACUAUAAUCACCACAUCAAUUUCUAAUUAGGAUCCCUGCAUGCAUAUUUAUGUACUGUACUGUAUCCAAUCGAUCUUGCACAAUAUCCUUCUCUGUGUCUUGCUGUGGAGUAUAUAGUUGAACAGGCCUGGUUGUGUUUCAGUCUGGCAGUAAUCUGGUGUUGUGCUGCCUGUAUUGUGUUUUAGUAAUGGUGUAUUGCGUUACCACCACAGUGAUUGUAAUAGACUUUAGGCCCCUGUAGUCUCGAAGCCUGGUAGUUCCUCACCUUGCAAGGCUGACUGGCGACUGUAACUCCUCACAAACUCAAACGUGUGGUGUAACCGUAACUGGGCUUGAGCUACAUCACAGAGUUAUGUGGGCCCAGACCACAGCCCAUGUUAAUCAUUGUUAGCGUAGUGUGUUUGGGGGAGUGUAUGUGGUUUGUGUGUGUGUGUGUGUGUGUGUGUGUGUGUGUGUGUCUGUAUAGUGUUCCUGUCCUUACACUAAGCAGCAGCAGCUGACUGUGGUUUUAUCCGCCUGGCUGCACUGGUAAAUAUUAGCCACUAAUAAGUCCUGACCUCCUGUACAUCUAGCAGGACAGACAGGGUCACCCGAGGGAAUGUCUCCCUGAAGCUGUCUUUAAUUAGCCACAGAUAGCAACAUGAAGAAUUUGACAUAUGUUUACUGGCACUCUGCUUGCUAAGUGCCAUGCUGUUUGACAUUUGGGAGUGGGUUCGUUUAAGAAGACGUCUGUUUGUAGUUAGUGAAAAUAUUGUCUCGUAUACGUUAAGUACAAAUUGCCCCUGGCGUGUAGCGAGAGAGAGUGUGUGUGUGUGAUGCUGUUAAACUCUGGCAGCCUGAGAAUGAGACAGAGUAAUGGGAAAGGGGUUGGCUCCUAUAAGGUUGAAUCUCAAGUAGAUUUCUUAGACAUGUGUCACGAAUACAGCCAAGGCUGCCCCUCCUCCUUGCUCGGGCAGGCUUCGGCGUUCGUCGUCACCGGAGUACUAGCUGCCACCGAUCGAUGUUUCUGUGUUACACUAGUCUUGUCUUUAUUAUUCACACCUGUUACUCAUUAUGCUUAUUUGUUUCCCUAUAAUUACCUCUGUUUUCCCUCCUGAGUUUGUGCGUGAUUGUCCGUUGUUUUACGUCGUUUGGUGAGCUGUUGUUCUGCUCUUCCCUGCGUGGAGGGUUUGUUAUGGUUUCCUUUUGUUUAGUAAAUCCAUUCAUUUCUCAGUUCUGUGUCCUGCGCCUGAUUUCGUUUCACCACUUCACCCAGACGUUAACAACAUGUCAAAGCAUAUCUCUGUUGAUGCAAUAGAAGCAGUGUUAAGGGCUGUCCAGACAGGAAGAAUUGGGGCGGAGCGGAGUUCGUCAAAAUAGACCAGAUUCAUAUUUUCUCCACCUCUGCUUUCACGUGCACGAGCACCACCAAUCACUCCGCCUGGAUAGAAUUCCGCCCCCUGACUAGCUCCAUCGUAAAUGGGCAACUGCCGCCGCUUCGUGUCCUGAACUCAGCGAAAUGACGUCGCCACGAGCAGCACUGGAGAUAUUGAGAUGAGCGAGAUGCAACACUUCACUCUCACAGUCACACAGUAUCUGUGCAUGUGCACAGGUUCGCUUCACGCUGUGGACAGUGUAGUAGCCAGGGGACCAAAACAACGGAGAAGUUGAGCCCUGCGCUUCAACGCUCUUAGUUGUUUGCGGAAAUUGACCCACUAUGCUGUUUACUUUCUGCAUUUACGUCAUAAGUCUACCUUUAAGCGCCACUCAAGCUCGCUCUUCCUCCUCCAUCGCUACAAUUAAGUCUCUUCACUUCCUUCUCUCUUCCCCCCACAGGGUUCCACAAGGCGGGCCGACAGAGCGAUGCUGUGAAGCAGCUGUGUUGGAGCAGCUUACCCACAAUGCCGUGGUGGUGAACAGGUUUAAUGAGUCUACACAACCCUUGCAGUCUUCACAUUUCUUAAAAUGACAUUUAAAAAGGGAGGGGGGGGGGAAGGGUUAGGAGAGGAAGGAGUAGAUGCUGAAGAAGUUCAAGCGUUUCCAGCACCUGGCUAAGCUCUACCAUGUUUACCACUCUAUACAGCGUUACACAAUAAGAUGCUCACCAUGCCUGAAGAUAGGGACAGAGUAGAGCCCAGGAAGCAUAGUUAAGAGUACGUUUAGGUUGAGUUAAGAAAAGUUAAGAAUAGGCAGGGUUGAGAAUGGUAGCCUACAGUAAGGCCAGACAGAAACUGUGGAGACUAAAUUCCCUUCAGUCCCUUAGUUGAAAUGCUUUUGGAAUCCGUUCCAAUUCAGCAAGAUACUGCUACAAAGCAUAAAUAGGUUAGAUAUACAGAGCAAAGCUAUCAAUGAGAGAACAUUCCUGGAGAUUCUGUCGACAACAGCCCCAAUGACCAUAGCUACAACCCAACUCAUGUCAACCACGGUGUCAACUCUCUGAACCCACUAUGACCUCUGUUUCUAUAGUAACCAGUUAAUUAAUUGAUCAUUAAUCAUGAUAACCCCUCGCACCUUCUAUAGUAAACAGUUCAUUAAAUUAUAAUUACUCAUGAUAACCCCUCCCACCAGCAGCCCCCCUAGAGGCCCUCGGCAGUGCCUGGUUAUAAACAAGGUACACUAUAUAUACAAAAGUACGUGGGACACCCCUUCAAAUUAGUGGUUUCGGCUGACAGGUGUAUAAAAUUAAGCACACAGCCAUGCAAUCUCCAUAGACAAACAUUGGCAGUAGAAUGGCCUUACUGAAGAGCUCAGUGACUUUCAACGUGGCACCGUCAUAGGAUGCCACCUUUCCAACAAGUCAGAUCGUCAAAUUUUUGCCCUGCUAGAGCUGCCCCGGUCAACUUUACGUUCUGUUAUUGUGAAGUGGAAACGUCUAGGAGCAACAAUGGCUCAGCCGCGAAGUGGUAAGCCACAGAAGCUCACAGAACGGGACCGCUGAGUGCUGAAGCGCGUAAAAAUCGCCUGUCCGCAACUGCAACACUCACUACGGAGUUCCAAACUGCCUCUGGAAGCAACGCCAGCACAAGAACUGUUCAUCGGGAGCUUCAUGAAAUGGGUUUCCAUGGCCAAGCAGCCGCACACAAGCCUAAGAUCACCAUGCGCAAUGCCAAGCGUCGGCUAGAGUGGUGUAAAGCUCACCGCCAUUGGACUCUGGAGCAGUGGAAACGCGUUCUCUGGAAUGAUGAAUCACGCUUCACCAUCUGACAGUCUGACGGAUGAAUCUGGGUUUGGCGGAUGCCAGGAGAACGCUACCUGCCCGAAUGCAUAGUGCCAAAUGUGCAAAUGAUAGUGGAGUUUGGUGGAGAAGGAAUAAUGGUCUGGGGCUGUUUUUCAUGGUUCGGGCUAGGCCACUUAGUUCCAGUGAAGGGAAAUCUCAACACUACAGCAUACAAUGACAUUUUAGCCGAUUCUGUGCUUCCAACUUUGUGGCAACAGUUUGGGGAAGGCCCUUUCCUGUUUCAGCAUGACAAUGCCCCCAUGCACAAAGCGAGGUCCACACAUAAAUGGUUUGUCGAGAUUGUUGUGGAAGAACUUGACUGGCCUGCACAGAGCCCUGACCUCAACCCCAUCGAACAUCUUUGGGAUUAAUUGGAAACCGACUGCAAGCCAGGCCUAAUCACCCAACAUCAGUGCCCAACUUCACUAAUGCUCGUGGCUGAAUGGAAGCAAGUCGCCGCAGCAAUGUUCCAACAUCUAAAGGAAAGCCUUCCCAGAAGAGUGGAGGCUGUUGUAGCAGCAAAGGAGGGACCAACUCCAUAUUAAUGCCCAUGAUUUUGGAGAUGUUCGACGUGCAGGUGUCCACAUACUUUUGGUAAUGUAGUGUAUGUCUGGUUAUAAGCACCCUGUCUCUUUACAUUUACAUUUUAGUCAUUUAGCAGACGCUCUUAUAAAGUGCGACUUACAGUUAGUGAGUGCAUACAUUUUCAUAGGUUGGUAUGCAGUGGCUGCACUACCCCUGGCCUAUGUCAGUGUGCUCUCUCUCGGUUUGUUUUUAUAGUACUCUACCCUGGUCACACCCCUGAAGUGAGGAACCCCUGUGAUUGAGUCCAGAGCAGGAACCUUAUAUAUCUCACUUUAACUCUCCCAGGCACAGGGCUAUGCUGAGCCAUCAAUCACUGUGGGAGCUAGCUGGCGCUAUACGCUAACGAACACUCCCUGCCUCUUAACCUAGCCCAUGUGAGCGAAGUGCUCUGUGCUGUGAAGGGAGGAUGUGGCGCAGCUCAGGCUAUUCUUUAUCUUCAGACUAGUGUUUAAGAGAGAGGAAGAGGGAGGAAGAGAGGGGGAGGGACAGAGACAGAGUCAUUGUGCCUCUGUGUCCUUACAGAGGUGCCCAAAGAUGUGUGUGUCUGAUGGAUGUUGUGUGCCUUCUGUUUCUCUCUCUCUGUCUCUCUCUGUCCUCUUUCCCCGCCGCCCAUCCUUACAUUUUAGUCAUUUUAUCCAUAGCAACUUACAGUUAGUGCAUUCAUCUUAAGAAAGCUAGGUGGGAUAACCACAUAUCAAAUGCAUAGUAAGUACACUUUUCCUCAAUAAAGUAGCUAUCAGCAAAGUCAGUGCUAGAAAGGGUGGGGAUUUUUUUUUAGAUGCUCUUUGAAGAGGUAGGGUUUCAGGUGCUUUCGGAAGAUGGCCAGGGACUCUGCUGUCCUAGCUUCAGGGGGAAGCUGGUUCCACCAUUGGGGUGCCAGGACAGAGAAGAGUUUGGACUAGGCUGAGCGGGAUCUGCCCUCCUGUAUGGGUGGGAGGGCCAAGAGACCAGAGGUGGCAGAACGGAGUGCUCGGGUUGGGGUGUAGGGUUUGAGCAUAGCCUGAAGGUAGUUCCUCUUGCUGCUUUGUAGGCAAGCAUCAUGGUCUUGUAGUGGAUGCGAGCUUCGACUGGAAGCCAGUGGAGUGUUCGGAGGAGCGGGGUGACAUGGGAGAACUUGGGAAGGUUGAAAACCAGGGGGGCUGCAGUGUUCUGGAUAAGUUGAAGGGGCUUGAUGGGGCGAGUUGCAGUAGUCCAGAUGGGAGAUGACAAGUGGCUGGAUUAGGACCUGUGCCGCUUCCUGUGUGAGUUAGGGUCGUACUCUACGGAUGUUGUAGAGCAUGACCUGCAGGUCAUGCUCUACAAGGUUCUUUGCACUCUGAGAGGGAGACACUGUAGUUGUCAAUCAUGAUGGAGAGGUCUUUGAGCAGGCUGGCCUUCCCCGGGAGGAAGAGUAGCUCCGUUUUGUCGAGGUUCCUGCUACCUUUCCCUCCCUCUAUUUCCCUCCUCUCUCUCUUUCGGUCUCUCCAGGAUGAGCCCUUCAGCUCCCAUAUGCCUGAGACGCUCUUUAACAUUUCCAGGUACCUCACCAAGGACGUACCACUGGGCAUCUCCAAAGUGUAUCCUUCCAAUGUGGCGACUACUUCUAUUAUGUUGCAACGGUCUAAAGCAGCCAAAUCCAUGUGUCCAAUGUCACCUUUAAAUGUUUUAUUUUAGUUGAUACACUUUAUAGGCUGAGAGAGGGAGAAGGUAAAGUAGAAAAUAGUCGAAAAAAGAGAGCUAGUGUUGGUGCCAGUGAGCAAACAGAGUAGAGGAAACAGCCCAGUGCAGCCAAGUGAAAUAGAAGGGAGAUGGGUAGGAAGAGAAGACGCCAGGAAGAGGCACAUCCUCACUAACCAAAACAAACCCAGUGAUUACCACACACACACACACACACACACACACACACACACACACACACACACACACACACACACACACACACUUACUGUUAGAAAGGGGUAGAAGCACAGGGAAGGAAAUCCAGGAAAUGGGUCUCUGCAGCUGGAAUCAUCUCCUCCUCUCUGGCAACAUGGUGCCGCUUGGAAAACUUUGAACUGGGAUUUAUGAGCUUAGCGGGUUCUGGACGGAAUAACACAGCACAAUGUCAUGGAAAGCACUGCUAAACAACACACAACAGGAGGAGAUACGUUUAUUAACAAUACCAAUAUUGAGGCUGGGACAGAGGAGAGGAGAUGAGAGCUGUUGGAGCUAAAUUAAUGUCAGUUAUAGGGCUUCUGCAGCUGCAAGUCAAUGACCUAGUGUUGCCUUUCUCAGAGGCCCCUCAGCGCACAACAAUCUUCAUCCAUACAAAUACAAACAGGCAGCAAUUUCCUCUGCUCAAACACACACACACACACAAGGAUGAAUACACAAACGCUUACACACAAGUAUACAUUCCUCUACUUACACCACUUUUAAACAAAAGGCCAAGGUAGUUAUUUUAGAGAGGAUCAGUGCAUCCAUCACAGAGCCAAACGUAGUAUUGACUGGGACUUGUAGUUGCUGGCAACAAUGGCUAUGUUUAGCAUACAUACACAGCUCUGAUGAGUGUAUGUACUAUCAAUCGUGUGCCCAUUUCUGUCUCCGAUGUACAGUUCCUGUUCUGGAGUUGGAAGAAGUUUCCAGUAGGCACUGAUCUAAGUUCAGUUUGGCAUUUCCUAGACUAAUAGUUAGGAUAUAAUUUGAAGAGGGUAAGCUGACCCCAGAUCUGUGGCUAAGGGCAAUUUCUACCUGUAGCACCUUGUUGUCCUUGAUGGUGGGUCUCAGUGACACUCUGUAUGCGUUGGCUAAGCACAACCCUGGGAGCAUUUGAGCUGGUCAGACAUGCCUAUGAGAAGCUCCAGGACCUCCACGUUCCCUCUCGCUUCUAGGAGACCAUGAAUCUGGGCAGCCUUACCGUCUUCUCCAAACCAUACCACGAAAACCAGGUGUGUGUGUUUUUGCAUGCGUGCGUACCAGGGUUUCUGUUAGGAAAAUGUGGCGCCGGACAACGUGACCAGGAAGAUUUUAAUUUACCGGCCAUUUGAGAAAUUUACCGGACCCAUAUGCAUUGGGGUGCAUAACUCAUUAGGGCAUCCACCCACGGUGCUCAGAUUGAUAGAAAUCACAUUUAGGUUAUGGUAAUGCAUCUUAACAGAACAUGCAACUCAUGUAAUGAAGCAGCCAAUAAAACAUUAUUGUAAUUUAUUUUGCCAAAAUGCAAUUCGCGGGAAAACACCCUUCUGCGCAAAUAUAGCGGUUCCAAAUGUGACAGAGAUUAAAAUCUCUGUUAGAAACUUAGAGAGAGGGGGGAUCUAAAGAUGCAACAACUAGGAUGGGUUGCAGAUACUGUAUGACUAGGAUUGUGCCUUUCGCUUCUGGACAAUUAGAUAAAGUCGAUAUGAAAACCAAUAGAACAGGAGAGAAAUGGCAAAGCGGUGGGUCCAAAAGGGAAGUAUACUGAACAAAAAUAUAAAUGCAACAUGCAACAAUUUCCAAGAUUUUACUGAGUUACAUUUUCAGCUUCCAGGAAUUGUGUACAGAUCCUUGCGACAUGGGGCUGUGCAUUAUCACGCUGAAACACGAGGGGAUGGCGGCGGAUGAAUGGCACGACAAUGGGCCUCAGGAUCUCGCCACGGUAUCUCUGUGCAUUCAAAUUGCCAUCGAUGAAAUGCAGUUGUGUUUAUUGUCCUUAGCUUAUGCCUGCCCCUACCAUAACCCCACCACCACCAUGGGCCACUCUGUUCACAAGGUUGACAUCAGCAAACCGCUCACCCACACGACGCCAUACAUGUGGUCUGCGGUUGUGAGGCCGUUUGGAGGUACUGACAAAUUCUCAUAAACAACGUUGGAGGUGGCUUAUGGUAGAGAAAUUAACAUUCAAUUCUCUGGCAACAGCUCUGGUGGACAUUCCUGCAUUCAGCAUGCCAAUUGCACGCUCCCUCAAAACUUGAGACAUCUGUGGCAUUGUGUUGUGUGACAAAACUGCACAUUUUAGAGUGGCCUUUUAUUGUCCCCAGCACAAGGUGUGCCUGUGUAAUUUUCAUGCUGUUUAAUCAGCGUCUUGAUAUGCCACACCUGCCAGGUGGAUGGAUUAUCUUGGCAAAGGAGAAAUGCUCACUAAUAGGGAUGUAAACAAAUUUGCGCACACAAUUUGAGAAAAAUAAGCUUUUUGUGCGUAUGGAACAUUUUGGGGAUCUUUUAUUUCAGCUCAUGAAACAUGGGACCAACACUUUACAUGUUGCGUUUAUAUAUUUUUUCAGUGUAAAUGUACAUUUGCCAAAAUUAUAUAAUUACUCCUGUCUAUACAGAAAUACUUCACCAGAAAGCAUGACUUAGCCACAGAGGAAUCGAAGAUCAUUAGCUUCUUUAAAAAACUAGCUGUGGAUUGUUUCAAAUCACAAGCUCGUAUACCUAUUUGGGAAGUCCGCAAUUUGGGCAGCGUGUGUGGCAAUAGGCCUAGCUGGUUAUUGAAUUGUGGCUGUCAGUGAAAAGCAUAGAAAAUAUGAUGAUGAUGUUUCUUAAGUAUAAUUUAAAAUGUUGCGACAAGAAGGGGAGGGCUGUGUGGAGAAUAUAUAUGCGAGUCUCUCUCCAGAAUGGCUCAGCUGUCUCCCGCAUUCAUUGUGCGAAUUGUUUGCCCUUUGAUGUAAAAACAAAAAAUCCCCAUUACAUAUGUCACCAGUAGUAAAUGUACUGUUAAUCCCCGUCAUUUGGUUACAUACAUUUCUGUUAAUGCAUGUAUUAGUUGCAGUCAUUAACCAUUCUCAUUCUCAGAGUGAAAGCGUUGUUUGCAGAGUUCACAACCUGCUGCACUUUUGAGAAACAAGUUUUGGUUUAUUUCAUAACCAUUUAUUUGUAAAUGUUUUCAUUGUCUUUUGUUUGGAGUGCUCCAUGUGAGCAUUUUAGUCAUUUUGCAGACGCUUUUAUCCAGAGCGACUUACAAGAGUAAUUAGACAUUCAGUGCCUUGCUCAAGAGCACAUCGACAGAUUUUUCACCUAGUCUGCUCAGGGAUUCGCUCAACAACCUUUCAGUUGCUCAACAACCUUUCAGUUACUGGCUCAACGAUCUUACCCGCUAGGCUACCUGCCGCCCUAUGAGCAAUGGGCAUGUCUGGUUUCUCUGUCCUGAUAAUGUUGAGGGGUUGUGCGAACCUGAGCACUUAUAGAAGUACCUGGCCUGCUGUGCGGAAAUGUAGGAAAGUGUUGUUGUUUUUUUUUACAUCCAUUCCGAAUGAUAAUAUAUUAAAACUAUAGUUCCUCACAGUAAGCUAUUUGAAAAAUCUUUCCAACAAUCUCCCCCUCGAUAAUCACCAAUCCUCGGUGUGAAAGAUGGAAGUUAUAGACUUACUGCUGCAUUGGCCUAUAGGCUAUGAGUUCCAUGCGCUCAUUUCUUUAGCUGCCAAUGGGUCACGGUGUAUCAGUGUGCCAAUAUGGCAGAGGCUGGUGAUCUCGCUUUAGUUGACUUUGAACUUUUUAUGAUUAACCACGUGACAAUGAUUUUGAGAAACUAAAACGUUAUAAUUGAAAUGAAACUGUUCCAAGAAAAUGCGCAUAUGAAAAUCAUAACUUGCACGCAGAACGGUAGAAAUGGUAGGAUAAAUUGUAAACUUCCCCAAGCUUGAAACUAACGCACCGCCUAUGAAUUCUUAAUAAAAUAAUUGCCUCCACAUUUCCAUGGUCAGAUUUUGCCUAUAGGCUACUUUGAAGCAAGGUAAGACAUGUCUCAUAAUAUGAAAUAAAAGUUCAAGUUUCAAACAAUUAAGUAUGUUUUUAAAAUGCAUACUGCCUUCAGCUCACAUUGUAAAGUAGUGGGUGAAGCGCUGAUAUCCUGUUGCCUGUGCUUGAAUGGUGAAUGGGAGACGCGCUUCAAUUACCAGUUGAGAAAAAAAAAUAGUAGGUAUUUUUAAUCGUGCAACAAAACCAUUUUUAACACGCAAUUACAUUUAUAAUUGUUGCGCAAUGAAUGGACUUAUAAAAGCACAUGUUUUACUCCAGCAGCAACCAACUGAGGCGCUACUGGAGAAAUCACGCUCAAAAUAAGCUGUGUGCAUGUGAUAGUUUUGUUGGCUAAAUAAAAUACAUAAAUGAAAUACACACAGGCCAAUUUAAUUCCACUAAAUUAUGCAAAUUAACCUAUAGACCUUACAGGUAAUUGUCUGCGUGGGGUACAGAGAUCAGGUAGUCAUUCAACAAUCAUGUUAAACACUAUUAUUGCACACAGAGUGAAUCCAUGCAACUUAUUAUUUAACUUGUUAAGCACAUUUUUACUCCUGUACUUAGGCUUUCCAUAACAAAGGGGUUAAAUACUUAUUUACUCAAAACAUUUCAGCUUUAAAGGUUUUAUUAAUUUUGAAAAACAGAAUUCCAAUUUGACAUUAUGGGGUAUUGUGUGUAAGCCAGUGAGAAGAAAAUCUCAAUUUAAUCCAUUUUAGAUUCAGGCUGUAACACGACAAAAUGUGGAAAAAGUAAAGGGGUGUGAAUACUUUCUAGUGGAGUAGAAGUUCUAGUGGAGUGGGUAUCUUAUACGUUUGUGUAUAUUCACUAAGGUGUGUAUGUGUAUAACCCAGGACCUGAUCCCCAUGUAUUACCGCUGCUCAACCAACAACCCCUCGCUGAACAGCCAGGGCAGUGUGUGUAUCAACUGCAAACAGCCCUUCAUCUACACAGCAUCUUCAUACGGUAGGUUGACACCUGUCUCUUUGUAAAUGGAUGUUUGGUUCCAAGGUGUGUUAUUAAUGUGUCACUGUGCUGUACUGUAAAGGUCCUAGCUCUGGUGCAGUUCUACCUGGACGAGGGUAUUGGUGAUGAGGAGGCUGUGUCUGUCAUUGACCUGGAGGUCCCUCGCAUUGAGGGUAUCCUUUACCUUAUGCAGUGUACACCACUAAAAUCAACACAUUUCUCACGACCAGUUUUAGCUAAUGGGAAUAAUCUGUAUGUUAAGGUUUUGUGCUCGUACACGUUUCCAUACAUACGCACAUUACAUACAGUAUGUGUCCGUGUCAGUGCUGAGGUGUGUUCUGAGAAGGUAGUAAUCCUAUUUCUUGGCACUGAUUCGGUUUCUGCCAAGCAGCAUAAGCUGCCAGGCCUAAGUCAUCUUAGCAGUGAGAGUUAAUAGGGUUAGAGAGGCUCUUCUCUCUCAGUUUAAUGACACUAACACCUCAGAGACCUCUCUGUCUGGGAUUAACCUGCCUGCCCCAAGGGCACAGAGGCCACAGCUUUACCUAGAAGCCGCAUGCUGACUAACUCACUGACUGACCUUUAGUAGCCUGUUCUCUCCAUCACUCUCACCGGCUGAGAUCUGAGGGCGAAAUGUUGUGCAUUUUAGUGUGUCUUGUUUUUUCCUCUGGCAUUAAAUGCUCAAAGUGGUGGCAUGGGUCUGUUAAUGGCAUAUGGCUUGAAUGUGUGUAAGAAAGCGGGGAGCAGAAGUAUUUUGAGGGAAUCCUUAACAGCGUCAGAAUCCCAGUCCCUGAAGCUGGAUGAUGGCACGGAAGACACAAAGGAGGACACCUUCAUGGCCAAACUCACCUUUGAGGUGAGGAGGGAGGGAGGGAGGGACAGAAAGAGGGAAGGAUAUGGGAUGUAAGGAGAGUGUAGGAGGGAGGGACAGAGCGAAGGGGUAAGGAGUUAGAGGGGGGUUAGAAAGGUGGAGGAGAGGGAGGGAGGAGAGGAAACUAACAGGAGAGUAUGAAUGAAAAGGUUCAGUAUGUGUAUAUCUGUGUGUUUUCCCUUUACAGCUGGGGGGGGGGGUCUGACUUUGUCCCGGUGGUGGUGAGUCGCUCUAUGCUGAGGUCUAUGAGCAGCAGGGAUGUCCUGAUCAAGCCCUGGCCUAAACCCCUUCAGUGAGAGUUCCACUGCUCCUUACUGCCUGCUGUCAGCAUCACUAUGUGCCCCUCCUGCUUCCAGAUACCCAAUUAUAAACAAAAUGGCUUCAGAGAAAAUGUUGCUAGUGGCAGUGCUAGAUGUUGUGUUGCUGGCCUCCUCGCCCUUCCUUAGAGAGACUAUCUAUGGGAAUACCUGCUCUGCCCAGUGCUGUGUUCUCUGACCCAUGCUUCCUGUCUUCUCUGGUGUGUUCCCUCUAGAUGUUCCGCAGUGAGGACUAUGAGCUGCUGGUGCUUCAGCACAACUGCUGUCUCUACUGCCGACGGCCCAUCGAUGAACCCAACUGA